CAAUGGCAGUUAAAAGCCAUGUUGGGCAAUGAUGUAUAAAUCAGUUAUUUUCAGGCAAAAUGCAUGGACGAAUGGAGGGACCGAAGAGCAACGGCGAGAAAGAGAAAAUCGUUGGGAUCUGAUUGACGGAGUUGAAGAAGCAAGAUGACAAUGAUGAGAACACUUCUCACCGGAGGGGUAACCGGCGGUGGCGAUGGUGGGGAUUGCCCGACGGUUGUGGUGGGAAUGAAGUUGGAUCAGCAAAGCAGAGAGUUACUGACAUGGGCUCUCGUCAAAGUGGCUCAGCCUGGAGACAGAGUGAUUGCUCUGCAUGUUCUCAGCAAUACUGAAAUUCUUGACAAAGAUGGUAAAUCAUCGCUUCUCUCGCUUGUUAAGGCGUUUGAUUCAGUGCUCGCAGUUUAUGAAGGAUUCUGCAACCUGAAACAGGUGGAUCUUAAGCUUAAGAUCUGUAGAGGGUCCUCGAUCCGCCGGGUCCUGGUGCGGGAAGCGAAAUCUUACCUUGCUACUAAGGUCAUUGUCGGGACUGCUACGCACCACCAUGCAAUUGGGUCACCGGUUUCGGUUGCGAAGUACUGUGCGAAGAAGCUCUCGAAGGACUGUUUGGUGCUUGCCGUUAAUAAUGGCAAAGUCGUGUUUGAAAGGGAAUCAAGUUCAGAGUCCAUCGGUGACUCACGAGGAGUGAAUGAUCGUCCAACGAAAAAACUUAUUAGUUCAAUUCACCGGUCGUUCAGCAAGAGCUCCAAAGUACUAAAUGAAGUCUCCUCUGCUGUAGUGGAAGGGAAAAUUAGCGAGGAAGGUCGGCGAAAUUCUGAGGCAGAUGCCCUGAAAGCCAGGGAUUUUGACCCAGUUUCCAUGAAACGGAAUUGUUCAAUUUGUACACCAGACCCUGUUUCAAGGGAUACCCAUGGUUCCACAAUUUCAGAGGAAUCUAAUGGUGGCAAUGCUGAAGAUAAAUCUUUGGCGUUGGUACCAGUAAAGACUUCACAGGUUACAUCAUCAAGUUCAAUUUCCCUGCGGGAAUUACCUGAGCUAAAGCCCGGUUGGCCACUGCUUCACCGUGCCAUUUUACGUAAUGAGAAAGCUAAAACUUUUGGGAAAUCAUCAGUAAGGCAGAUCUCUGUAGUCCAAUGGGCAAUGCGACUACCCAAUAGGAAUCUUUCGGCAGUUGUGCAUCCUGACAGCAAACACACUACUCGCGAUCAAUCUGAAGAUCGUUUAUCCAGUCUGAAUGGAGAAAGUGGUGCGAUUGUUCCAGUAGGAACUGAUGCUAGUGUACCUCCAUCUUCCCCCCGCUAUGGACUGAAGAAACUUCCCAAAGAGUUGGAAGGGCUUCAUGAGAAAUACUCAGCAACUUGCAGAUUGUUUGGCUACCAGGAUCUCCUCUCUGCUACUUCUAACUUCAAGCCAGAAAAUUUGAUUGGAAAAGGAGGUAGUAGCCGUGUUUACAGAGGGCAUCUUCCCGAUGGCAAGGAACUUGCAGUGAAAAUAUUGAAGCCAUCUGAUGAUGCGUUGAAGGAAUUUGUUUUGGAAAUUGAGAUCAUUACUGCUUUACAUCAUAAGAACAUCAUCUCUCUCUUUGGGUUCUGUUUUGAGGACAACAAUCUUCUCUUGGUUUAUGAUUUCCUACCGAGAGGAAGCCUAGAGGAGAACCUUCAUGGUAAUAAGAAGGACAAUUCAGCAUUUGGUUGGAAAGAGAGAUAUAAGGUGGCCCUGGGUGUGGCUGAGGCAUUGGAAUAUCUGCACAAUCUAAGUGAUCAACCCGUGAUUCAUAGGGAUGUAAAAUCAUCUAAUAUUCUUCUUUCUGAUGAUUUUGAGCCACAGAUCUCAGAUUUUGGACUUGCUAAGUGGGCUUCAUCCUUGUCAUCCCAUAUAACUUGCAAUGAUGUUGCAGGAACUUUUGGAUAUUUGGCUCCUGAAUACUUCAUGUAUGGCAAUGUAAAUGACAAAGUCGAUGUAUAUGCGUUUGGUGUCGUACUCCUAGAACUACUUUCUGGAAGGAAGCCCAUCAGCAAUGACUGUCCAAAGGGCCAAGAGAGCCUAGUUUUGUGGGCAAAGCCAAUUCUUAAUGGUGGAAAGACCAUCCAAUUAUUAGAUCCAUGCUUGAUUGGUAGUUAUAACCAUGAUCAGAUGGAGUGGAUGGUUUUAGCUGCUACUCUCUGCAUCAGACGUUCACCUAGGUCUCGUCCUCGAAUGAGCCUCGUAUUAAAGCUCCUUCAAGGUGAUGCAGAGGUAACCAAGUGGGCAAGGAUGCAGGUGAAUGCUUCAGGGGAGUUUGAUGCUCUGGAUGAUGAAGCAAUUCCACCUCCUAACAUCCAGUCUCAUCUUAACGUUGCAUUGCUUGAUGUGGAGGAUGAUUCACUCUCUGUGAGCAGCAUUGAGCAAAGUGUCUCAUUGGAGGACUACUUGCAGGGAAGAUGGAGCCGCUCAUCAAGUUUCGAUUAACUUACAGUUUCAGCAAGUAAAGAUAGAAGCCAUCUUUUGCUUGUUCAAUUCUUUCUGUAUAGUCUUGCCGGUUUGGUUGUUUGUCUUUUGCCCUUUCUAUGCUUUUUUUUUCAUUGCUUAGAAGUGGGUCUUGGAUGAGAGGUUGUUGAGAAGGUGUUCCCUCCUCCUUGCCUUUGUUGUAGUUUUAUCUCAGUCCCCAUUUGUUUGGGCUGGUUUUAGGAACCUUUAUGUCAGCUCUGUUUGAUCAUUCUUCAUCAGAAAGAUCAAGAGCUCAAUGUACUUGAAAUUCUCUGUAAACAUGAGUACAAGUUAACCACUGCUCAAUAUGUGAUAUCUGAAGAUUUGAAGGAUAAUAAAAGCAUACUUGCAUGACCGUUGGUUUUCUUUCAUGAA